AUGGCGUUGCUGGGCCUGGUUCUGCUGGAAAUGGCCGCUGCGGGGGAGAGCCCGUGGUUGGCCCGGCCGCGGGUGGUGGCUGGCGGAGCGGCGCUGGCCGGGGUGGUCGUCCCGCCAGCGGCGCUGGUCCGGAUCACCCGCUCCGGAGUCAUGCGGUGCUCGGGCGGACUCAUCGGUCGGCAGCAAGUCAUUACUGCAGCACAUUGUCUGGUGGGAUUAGACGUGGCUACUCUGGCUGUCCGCAUCGGAACCAGCUAUGCCGUCGCAGGCGGCGAGGGAGUUGUGCGGGCGGUCGUCGAGACUCUCGUCCAUCCGGGGUACGAUGGGCGGGUCCGGUCUGGCUACGAUGUGGCGAUCAUGGUCCUCGACGAGGCGGUCGACAGCAACAAAGUAUCUCCGCUUCCGCUGGCGGCUGUACGCCCGCCGAAUGGGCUGGAUGGGGUGCUAGUCGGCUUUGGUGCCACUCAUCCGUCGGGAUCGACCGCCUCGCUCCCAGCCACAGCCCGCUACGGUGAUGUGCGGGUUGCUCCGCCGUCCGAAUGUGGGUACAAAGGCGGCGUGAUCAACGCCAGCCAGCACAUCUGCGCCUCGGCACCCAGCAGGAGCGAGAUGACCUCGUGCGCCGGCGACUCGGGUGGGCCGAUGCUUGUUCCGGUUCGUGGCGAGCCAACAGCCUGGCUCGUUGCCGGCGUCGCGUCGUUCGGCUCGGUUGUCUGUGGGAGCGAGGGCCGCAAGGGCGUGUAUGUGCGGAUUGACGCGGUGGUGGCCUGGAUCCGGAGCGUUGUGCCCGAGGCGCUUGUCGCGCAUCCGGGCGCCCGUGGCCAGACGACCGAGCUCGCGCUCUCCGGCGAGGCGCUCGGCCCGGCGCUGGAAGCGGUGGCGCCAGCCAACGCGACCCGGAUUGUUGUGCUUGCAGGCUCUGCAUUCGUUCCGCUCGCUGGCGUCGCGCUGGCCAGCGUCGCGCCCAACAACAGCGUGCUGGUGGUCGGCGAGUCUGGUCGCCUCGUCGUUGAUGGUCCGCUCGCGACCGGCGGCGUGCUCGCGCUACGAUUCAACAGCUCGCUGGACAUUGGCUCUGUCGGCAGUGUGCUUGCCGGCGGGCUGGCGGUCUCGGCACAGUCGCGUCUGCUGGUGCGGAUGGCGCGGCCGAGCCGCGAUCCGGCACAGGCGCCGCUGCGGGCCGGGCCUCGCGGCCUCGCGCUCGCCGGCACACUUCGCAUCGAGUUUGACGAUCCGUCUGCCACCGCUGCCAACGUGUCUGUGGAUGGAGUCGGCACGGUUGUGGGCGCUGCCACCGGCGAGGCGGUUGGCGACAUCGACGCGGUUGAGUUAGUUGGCGUCGACGGCAAGUUGGCCUCGUUUGGCGGCGCCGGGAUCCAAGUUGUGUGUGCGGCAUCGGCGUGCACACUGCAGAUGCGGCGGAGUCAGGGAAGCGCCGCCGAGCUCAGCCCGGCUGCCAUCGCUGCAAUUGUCGGUGCUGCACUCGCUGGUGGGCUCCUCGCCGGGCUGCUCGGGCUCUGGCUGUGGCGGACGACGCGGAUCUUGGGGCGAACAACGCCGGACGCCUCUGACCUGCGGCGGCGGAAAAGGCGGCGGGGGAGGCGGCAGAUCAAGCGGCGGAUGCGGCCGUUCUCGGCAGGACCCCUCGUCGUCGGGGUCGUCGGAAACGUCCUCGACUUUGGCUCGGUCGACCUCAUCGUCGACGCGGAUGCCCGAGUUUAUGCGGCUGUCGUGGGUAGGCUCUGCGAGUAG